UUGAAGAAAGGGUCACAUGGAGUAUUAAUUAGGCAGUGUCAAUUGGAAGGUAAACAUUUAGCAAGAUAUUCCUGCAGGAAUCACAACAUCCAAUGAGCUUAGCAUGUCACAGAUUGAUCAGCACAUCACAGAAGUGGCUGAGACAAUUUUUUUGGGUUCAUAAUGAACAAAGACAUAAAGGUGAGGUAGAUAACCUGCUAAAGUUUACAGAAACACUUGACCUGAAACUCAUGGUGUCAGCAAGUAGUUUUCCUAACCACUCCUCUAUACUGUUGAGGCCAUAUCUACACAUACAUGUCUAAAGAUGUUUGUAAACAUAUAUGCAUGGUGUAUUUAUCAAAGCCCUCAAUAUAUAUAUGGCUAAUGCCAAAAAAAACAUAUUUGUGAUGAAUGAAAACUCCAAUCAACUUAGCCCUUUACGCUCUCUACAGAAUUGGUACUAUAAUACUGAUGAAGGGAAUUUGUGCAACAAUCAGGGGCUGCUAAAAUUGAUGAUCAUUUACUAUAUUCUCAUGACCUUUACAUUUGAUUCAAGAGUGAGAAUUAUGGAGAAAUUAGAGGCAAGUCACCCUUUGGGUAUAUAGGGUUAACAUAUCAAUUGAAGGGUACAUUUAAUCUGAAUUGACCCCUCCCAUGCUUUGAACACUCAAAAACCCUCUAUCCAUAGUGUAUAAGCCAUUAAUUCUUGUCUCAUUGGUCGCAAAGCAUGCAUAUGAGUUGAGCUAUCAAAUGUAUUGUGUAGCAGGGAUUAAACUAACUAAAUAAACCUUUCUUAAGAAAUCCUUUUCAUUUCAAGCUGAAAGUACUAGUAAAUAAUUAGUAAAUGAAAUAAUUUUGUUAAGUAUCUCAUUUUCAGGCCUGUAUUCACAUCCAAGUAUAGACUGAGAUAUCAUCCUGAAAAUAAUCACUAUGUGUGCUUUUUCUUUCUUUUCUUUAAUUUACAACUUUUCUUGCUAACUAUAGGCUGUGUGUCCCAGUUUUCCUCAUUUGCCUAUGUCUGGGGAGCUGGGGAUGGAGGUCAGUUGGGGACUGGUACCCAGAAGCACAGUCCAGUGCCAAUCAGGCUUCCUCUUUCAGCUGAGGUAGCUUUUUAUUAAAACUGAUUCAUUUUUUUACUUAAUAUUUAAUUGUAAAUAUAUUUUUUAAAGCUCAUAUUACCAUGUUUGUGCAGGUCUCUCACAUUGGUUGUGGUUAUGGAUUCACAGUAGCAGUUGAAGUAGGAAUUCCCAGGCUGUGGACCACUGGUUUAAACACAUUUUCACAGCUUGGAAGACCACAGACAUGCAGUGAUUUGGAAAGUAUGAUGUGUAUUACACUUCUUUCAUUGUUUGAUCAGGUUGAGCUGCUUUAUGGGGCUUAACAUUGGCUCAAACAUGUUAAUCACAGCUUAAUAGAGACAUAGGAAAGAAAGUGAUUAUUUUUAUCACAUAAUAGUAAAGAGCACUAAAUAAGAACUAUUUUUAAAUGUGUACAAGUUGUAUGUGCUUCCAGGCAGAAUUGGAAUUUAGUGUAACAUUAUCUAUUGGAGUUCAAUAUUAUAGACUUAACUUACAACAAGCACAACUCAUGGAUGACAACAUGUCCAGGAAUCAUACUGAGAUAACAGUUGCAGAAGACGAGUGCCCUCAUCACACUGACUGUGCUUCUCAAGAUUCUUGAUUUAACUUGAGAAAUGUGUUAGAACAUGAUGUUUUGUGUUCAAUCUCUUGUGCAGUUGAGUCUGUUCCAAGGUCUGUUGGUCUCCAUAGAAAUAGACCUUUAUCAAUGCAAGUCCAGCAGAUUUCUUGUGGAAGAUCACAUUCAGCCAUAUUAUUAGACAACGGAGAAGGUAAUUUUGUUAUGUUACUGGGAAAGCAAUAAAAUAAACUAUACAAGUUGCUUACAACAAUUUAUUCGUAGGAUUGUUAGUGGGAACAUUUUAAAUAAAAAAAUUAAAGAUUGCACAACUCAUACAUUGACUGGAUGACAAUGACUGUUAUGGACUACAUGUAAAAGAGUCAUUUUUGGUAUCAGGGGGAAGCUUGUCAUGUUUAUUGAUGUGUGAGUUUUCUGAGAUCAAAUUGAUGACUUUUCAUGGAUAAUGUCAGAGUUCGUGGCUUCAUUCCAAAAGAACUAACAGAAAGUCUGGAGGUCAUGGAAUUAGGUAAUGAAAGAUUUGGGUGUACUGUGAUUUAAGUUUAUAACAAUCAUUGUCUGUUAAUGUUGUUAUGCAGUCUGGACCUGGGGUGGAAAUUUCCAUGGACAGUGUGCAACUGGAAGCAAAGAAGCAAGAUCUAUUGAAAAGAUUACCAAGAUACCUAAUAUUACAAGUAAGAUCAAACAGGUGAGUUUGGAUUGGAAUUCUAUCUGUUGAUUUGCAUGAUGAAUUGUAUAUGUCAUAUUUUUUCAAUUUUGUUUCUUCAGAUAGCAUGUGGCUUGGACCACACCCUUCUGUUAUCAACUGACGGCACAGUGAUGUCCUGUGGGUGGGGCGCUGAUGGGCAAACUGGUACAGUCUACAAUUCUACUAUCAAUGCUUUAUUUCAUUGCUCCAAUGUAAAACAUGUGCAAGUAUAACUCAUGAAUGCUCAAACAUGUUCAGUAAGCCUUGUUUUUUGUGUGCUGGUCUGAUCUAUGGAUGAAGAUCAAUGUGUGUUGUUCUUGAUCAAGAGUGAAGCUUUAAUGUCAGAAAUUAUUUGAAUGCAGCUUGUUAACUUGCAGUAAAAACAUGCUAGCAUCUAAGCCAACACAUUUCUCCCAACUCAUUGACUCUCUAUGCGAUUAAGUAUCAUGGUUAUAACACUACACCAUCAAUUCUUUCAAAACUGUCUUUAGAAUUAUGGUUUACCAACUAAAACAGACUAUUCACAAUAGAUUUCAACCAGUACUGCACCAUAUCAUCUGCUAAUAAUAGCUUGGACCAAACAAAAUGACCAAAGUUCACAGAUAGAUUGAAUGCAACAAUCUUAACUGACCCAUGGUGUGGGCAACUUGAUAAAACCAGUCGACAAAAUCAAAUGACCUUAAUUCUUACAGUCACUGGCAUGACAGCAAAAGCAACCAACUAAGUAUCAAAAGCCAGACUUAAAACUCUACAACAACAAUCAGCUCCUACCUUGACUCUGAUGAUCAUCAUCACACCUGAGCAAUCAGAUUAAACAAUCAAAUUGGGUCAUCUUUCCUUGAUUUUUAAUUUCCAAAGGCUUGAAUCAUUUUGAAGAUGAGGCAACAUGUAAGAUCAUCGAGGGAGAACUGAAAGAUGUGAGGAUAAAACAAAUUGCAACUUCAGGAGAUUGCUGCUUGGCACUCUCAGGUAAUGGGUUUUUGAGCAAUUGAAUUAUUUUUUUAUUCUCCUAACUGGUACCUACUUAUUUCGUCGUCAGCUAGUCUGGAGAAUUCAGCGCUUUAUCAAAACAAUACGCUCAGUUACACAGUGCAGUUAUGGCUAUGCACUGAAAUUCUUUUAUUUUACAGAUGAAGGUGAAGUGUUUUCUUGGGGAAACAAUGAAUAUGGACAGCUUGCUGUUGAUAGGGAAGAUGAACAAGUAUGUCUGCAACACAUAUUCUGAUAGGUUUAUAACAUUUACCAAUUAAAACAAACAAUUAUUUAACCAAAUGAACAAAGGGGGUAAGUUUCUAAAGAAACUGUGAUGCAGCGUCGGUGGGAGAGUAGAACAGGGUAAUUUCGUAUUAUCAACCGAGUUGAUAACGUUCAUUGGCCACCGUAAAGAGUUUAAAACCUGACGUUUUGAGCGUUGGCCCCAAUCGCCCUGACGAAGGGCUAGCGCUCGAAACAUCAGCUUUUAAACUCUUUACGGUGGCCAAUUUACGUUAUCAAAUCAGUUGAUAAUACCAAAUUACCUAACUAUUUAGUAAGUGUAGGCUGAAGAAAUCCAGUGCACUUGUCUCUUAUGAACCUGAUAAUAGCCGCAGCUUACCGGCGAGUUCUCUUUAACUCAAUGGUAGAGCAUCUCAGCUCGAAAUCGUUAGUUGUGGAGUGGAUUUCGACUCCUUGCGUGCGCCUCAGUGUUCCCUUAAACACACGCCUGUGUCAAAACGAACAAUUUCUCAGUAUUUUUGACAGGAAACGCGUCUCUACGAUUCUCGUGCUUGUGUUAGCUCAGAUGCUGUACAUUAAUGUAUAGUUCUAUCUUCCCGUGGCUGUAACUGUAUGUUUGAUCUGCGUUCUUAUUUUUGAUGAUGUUGUUUCUCUAUAAUUUCCAUUCAUUCACUUGUAAUUUCUGUUGUUGUCUCUUUAUUUGUUGUCGCUAAGUUUGCAGUCCCCAUGAGAGCAACUCUGCUGAGAAAUCUUCCUCAGGUUCAACAAGUUGCCGCUGGAGGUUCAUUUUGUGUAGCUCUCACUGGUAAGUAAAUCACAUUACAGCACGUUUUCAAACAGAAAAAAAUCCACCGUCACAACAAGGAUAAUAUUCUACUAAAAAGUGGUUGCCGAAUUUAAGAUUUAUCAAAACACAGCAGCAUAUUAACUGUGAGUCAGUAAGAACCCUCGUUCUCCCUGAUAAACGAGAAAGAAAAGGGAAACUCGGAGGGUAUACUUCAAAUUGCCAAAUCAUAGUAGUUACCGAACCCGUACUCAGUUAUACAACUGUAUAUUCUUGUAACCAACCAAUCAACAUUUCUACCAGCUUCAUGACAGUCUUUCUCGAAACUUUUUAUUAGUUUCUCGAUGAUUCAAUCUAUGGAACCUCGCCCUCACUGCGAUUUUUGUCAUCUUUCUCUUUUCCCUCCACCAAUUAGUCACUGGGGAACUUUACAGUUGGGGAUAUGGGGUUCUCGGACAUGGUAAAGAAGUUUCCUUUUCAAAGAGGCCAAGAAAAAUCGAGGAGUUCUCCAGCAUAGAUGACGCUGUUUCAACCUUAAUUUGUGGCCCUGACAGUUGCGCUGUGGUAACAGGUUUGUAUUAGAAAAACAUUUGUGAUCACGCACCUCGGUCUCUGGUGCACUGCUGCCUCACCUGGAAUGCCACAGUGUGAUUUAUUAUAGAUACUCCCUCCCCCUGCAAAUCAUUCACCCAGCAUGUAUUGGUACUCCUGGGUGGAGAGGAGCGCCGUUGGAGUUUGAUGUCCUGACCCCCUUCCCCCCCCUAAAAAAAAAAAAAGACGUUAGGCAUCUGAACCUCUUCCUCUAAGGUCCAACGUGCUAACCACGAGAUCAUCACUGUGCAAUUUCUUUUCACGCCCACGCAAAUGGACGCAUUCCCUCUAGAAAACGGAAAUGCAUUUUCUAGGUUGCUAGAUAGACAUCCUCAUUUUAGUAUAACCAUAGGUCGAAUUUGUUUGAUAUUUAUUCGAAAUCAUGGCUUUGCUGCGGAGACUACCCAGUUUCGUUUGCUUCUAGAGUUGGUGUAAACAGUUUGUUUUAUGUCACACCUUCCUUUGUAAUUUCAAAUAUAUCCAUAUUUCCCAAUUCACUACUCCACAGUUACAGUUGUUUAAUUCCGAAACAUUGACGCACUAGGAGCCCCUAGGAAGCAGUCAGAUGAACGACAUUAGACAAAACCGGGACUUAAGUUGAUGAAUUUUUCGUGAGUCACAAUUCUUUUUGUUCUCAGAAUCAGGAAACUUGUACACCUGGGGUAGAGGGUCAUUUGGGAGACUGGGUCUUGGCUCCACACUCGAUCAAUGGACGCCUAAAAGGGUGAGUAGCACUUAGUAAGCAUUAGUGACCUGGCCUUGCAAGUUGAGUCUUAAAGUAAACCGAACGGUGUUACGAACGGACAGACGGGCCGACGGACUCAUCAUUCGACGAAUUUUUUCGAGUUUCUUUGGCCUGUUAAACUUCUUGAUCGAGAUUUAGAUGAAACCCUCUUUUAUUUCUGGCUUUUCAGGUCGAAGUACCAGGCAAAGUAAAGGAAGUGACGUGUGGCUUGGAUCACAUGGCAGUCAUAGUGGCACGUAACUAGUGCAACUUUGUCACGUGAAGAGCGUACGUGGUUUCGAAAAAGAAGACUAGUCGUGGGAGUGACUUCGCGCUGGAACAUUGGCACAAAAAUGUUUUCAUGAAUUGAACCAAGCUGUUUCGCUGCCAGUGAAGCAAGGGAAACGUAGCGGCGGAUGUUUGAAAUAUUUAAUGGAAAUAUUAAAAGUCAGGGAAGAUUUUCCAGAGAUCAUCACUUGCAUGAGAUUUGUAUUCUCAUUUAAAUUAUUACAAUUUUCUCUUUGCUUAAUAGAAGCUUUCUAAGACGUGUUUAAGAAAGUCUAAGAGGAGUCCUCACUAUUUCGCAAUUGUUCUUACGUGGAAAACCUACACAGACCUUAACCCUUUAACUCCCAAGAUCUCAUUAGUAAUUCUCCUUAAUGUCUGUCAUACAAUUCUUAUGAUGUCAACUUGGAGAAUUUGGUAUUUGAUCAACUAAUAAUCCCCGAAUUGAUAUCUUUCUUUAUUCUCGUCACUUCUAUGCUCGAUAUUGUAUUGAUAUUGUAAGGAGAAAUUCUCUCUUGGUCACUCAUGGGAGGUAAAAGGUUAAGGGCCUUCUCUGAGAUGCUGUUAAAAAGUUAUGCGUGAAUAGUUCUGUUGCAUUCGGCAAGAAGAGGAGAGAGGAAUUAGAUAUUAUUUUUAAAUUCUCUCCACUCAAAAAUAAACAAAAGAACAAAACAAAAACAAUCACUUAUGAUUACAGUUUGGUAAUAUUCUAGCAAUAAAGAAUAAUGUCCGAACAUUAAAGACGCUACCUUAAAAUCCGUUUAGUUUCAAAAUGCAGAGAAAUAAAGAUUGAAGUGUUAUUAAUCAUAAAAACGUGAGAAUUGAAUUCCAGACUAUGAGUUCUUUCCUACAGCGGGUAUUUUUUAUUCUCCAGAAGAGUUUGUGCCUAUGUACUGCGAGCUGUCAGUUAUGCUUCUCUGUGUAGCUGUACUCGGACCUGGUGGAAGUGCACUGAAAGUGAACGAGAACAAGACUUAGGGAAUUCUCGAUAAGUGUCGAACGUUCAAUGAGAGAAACUUCGGAGUUCUACUAAACCCCAAUUGCGAAGUGAUUCACCACCCUCCAUUGACUUGGGCACUCAUGUUAUCCCCCAUUUCCAAUGAGGUACAGUAGAUACACCUUUUAUCUUUUUAUCUUUUUAUCUUUUACAUCUGAUCAGUUGAUCGUUUCCUCGCCUUAGGUCUCAUGAAACUAUUGGAAACUUCCUCGUCACAGGGUAAGAGUGAAGCAGCAAUUGGAUAUGACUUAUUUGCCCAGUUUUUUUUUGUCCUAACCAAGGACAUCUCGCUUAGAUUAUAAAGAUUUCACGGUUCUCGGCCCCCGAAGAUUGAGUGUGUUUCAGAGCUGCGCAACCAAGAAACCUUUAAAAUAUUGCUGACCCCUUAACCGUCAAAUGUCACUCUAAGCAGGUAACAGACAGUACAAACCCUGGGCUAGUUGAUGGUUUCUGAAUGGAAAAGGAAGCCUGGUCUCCGACUGCGCAGCAUUCAGUGGUUAUGUUUACGUCUUGGAUGUUUUGUACUUGAUGAACGUGUUGAUGAUGCUCUGAAAGAAUUGCGAGGAACAGAAAAAGAGAAAAGCUGAGAAGUCGUAUAACGCAAGAGGGGAGUCUUCCUAAAGGGGGUUAGUCUUUUCAUCAAUUCCUAUCUAUAAAAUUGCGAUGGAAUCUUACAUAUGAUAAAAGAACUCCUGAGGAGACAUUUGGCCUCCUUAAAACGGAAAAUCCAUAGACUUCACCCCUUGGGGUAUGUCACAAUGAUUCUGCAGCAUUGAAACCCCAGGAAAGUUAAAACUAUGUUUCCACUGCUACAUUACCUAUUUUAAUUUGCAAAGGAACUUGUAUCUGCGACCGCUGUUCAGCUGAAAACUGCACGAUAUUAUGUUCAGUAAAUGAUGCAAGAGCCGCUUGUCCAUCUAUCAAAACACCCAUUCCUGGAGAAAAAUUAAAGAACAUAAUUAUCACGAGGACAGCAACAGAAAUUAUGCUCUGAGGUCAGGUCGCAUCGCAAAGACACCCAAGGAAUGCUAAGUUGCUUCAUUCAAUUCACAGAAUCACUCGAUCGUGGAAUUAAAGGGGGUGACAUGCACUCCUGAUAAGUGUUUGUAGAACUUAAAAAAAAAAUUUCUGAGCUACGAGGAAUACUUACCACAAGUGCUGUCGGUAUUCAAGGGAGCAUCAGUGAAAAAGUCUUGACUUUCAAGACAAAGUGCCGCGGAUUUCCAUUUGUAAACCAAGCGAAGAUAAACACUCGUUUUUGGAGGUUCUGUAGCAGGGGUGCUCAUCGUGAGUUUGCAAGGGACAACCUCUGACCCUUUCCAAUCCACUUCAUCCUUUAGUUCUUGUUUGAGCGCAGCGAGCAACCCUGAUAGGAUCUUCUCCACUGUAGAAGAAAGAAUCACUCUAAUGUUGGAGGAGUUCUGAUCCUUCAGCUUCCUCACGCGAACAGUAGCUAUAGAACUAAAUGAAGUACAGCAUUGGUCGAACGUUUCCUCCACAGAUGCCGGAAGUAUGAUAAUUGACUUGAAUGCGCCGGUACCUAUUUUGAGAACUCUUCCUUCAACAUUGAUGGUUGCGACUGCAUUGAGCAGCAGAUCUUGUCCCGUUUCUUUUUCAACGAAGAAUUCCUGAUAGUACGUGUCACUUUCCUUUAUGUACGUUAGGCUUCCCCUUCGGUACUGUACAGAUGAAUCGUUCGAGUCACUCAGCUCGAAUGUCACCAUUCUGGCUGGAUCAAAUCUCGCAAAUUGUAUUAGACUAGCCGAGAGGUCAAAAAAAUCACGCAUAAUCGCCUCGUCGACUUCUAUUUCAUCGGACAUUAUAUCUCUUAUGCAAACCGAGAGCAAUUCCAACCGUUUGUGCAACCGAAUUUCCUCUGCACAUUCUAAGAAAAAUGACUGUAAUAAGUCCAGCAUGGGUAGAAUCGCUAGACUUUGGCCCAACUUUCGAAUCCGUUCAGGUGGGUUGUUGCUGUUACAGUUUAUCUCGCAAAGCUUUUCCACAAUCUUGCAGACAUGACAAACAAGCUUUCUGAUUUUGUUAUUUUCUUGAGAUUCUCGAACGUUGGACUCCAUUGGCUCCAGAGUUUUCUCGUCUAUUCCUCUUAGACCAUUUAGUGCAGGAGGAAUUAUAUUCACGCAAAAUAUGGCUUUCACGUCUUGAAUGAGAUCAGGAACAAUCUCAGUAAACAUUUUCACGACUGAUUCAUCAUUCAAUGAGAUCAAUCGUUGGUACUUUAUAGCUGUUCUUUUGGUAAUCUUUUGUCGAAGUUCAAGGUGCUUUGCACAGUUAUCGGAUGACGAUGCUCUAUCGAUGUCUUUACUUGAAUUCUCUACUUGAAUGCAACAAUCUCUCACCAUUGCUUUGCAAAGAGUUUGGAUUUUUCCGAUGAAAAACUUCAUCAAACUAGCAUCGUGGACUUGUAAUUCCGCGAUCUUCGCUGCAAGCUCUCUCAAGUUUCUAAUGUGCAUUUGACCUCUUUUUGUCACUUUAUAGUCUAGACGAAAUGCAAAUGCCAAAAAAAAAGAUAAAGAUUUAUGUCAAAUUGAGAUGAUGGAUGAGAAGCCUCAAGAACUGAAGCUUAAUAUGGGGAUUUAUGGAAUUUUUAUGUUGUUUAGAAGAGGUUGUUUAGCUAUCACUGAGCUAAUGCUCAACGGACCUUGAACCUUUUGUGACAAACUCAUGGCUUGUUUUUGUUCCAUUUAUUUUACUAAUUUUGCUUUAGAUUUUCCCCCUGUAAUGACCAGGUGAACUCUGUCAUUUUGAAGAAUUCGCAAAGCUGGCAAAUCAAUUUUAAGAGUAUGAUGCAGAGAACACGACGGUGACGUUCCAUGCGUGAUCAAGUGCAUGGCUCUUGAAGUAUUUUACUUAUUAUUUGAACGCACAUGGGAAGAAUGUUUAAAGUCCCUUAACUUACCUUCCUCCUUUAAAUCCGAUAGAAGUGUUUUCAAAUUAGCCAUAGCAUUAGCUGACUCAGUCCCAAUCCAGGGUUGUAAGAGUAUCUCUAAUUGGACGUCCUCAUCUUCCCAAUGCUGGACGACGUCCUUAGAAACAACAUCGGCGUCGGGAAUCUGAAGCUUUUGGGCUAGAACGGGAAUAAGGUUGAAAAUUUCUUCCUCAACCCCCAACAACCGUUUGACAUAGCCAAGUAGAUCUGUAAACAGGUGUAGACGUAAAACAAGUUCAAUUAACACAUCAACUCCGAUAUUUUGCUUUUUCUUUUCGUGGCUUACGAGGCUUUCACUCUCACAGCGUCUGAGUUUGCUUUCCAUAGAUUGAUCUCUUUUUGGCUCAAAUCCAAGGUCAAGCUUUGCAACUCCUAUUCGAAGAUGCAAAACCUACCCUUGGAGUCGCGAAAGCACGGGACUUGGAAUUGUAACGAGAGGGUUUCAGAUCACUGUGAAUCUACAGAAUCAGUCGCGCACCUGACAAGAGCCAUUUACCGGGAGAGGUAUCAGUAUGAAAGGUGGCAAUGUCUUUAAUUUAAGAAGUAUGUUAUACACGCCUUGGGUUCGAAAGAAUGACCACUCUAUCCAGCCAUCAUCCGAUGGAAAAUUUUCUUAACGUUAAUCCGCUAAAGGGCAGUUUAUCUGGCUAUUAUAUUUGAAAUACCGAAGACUUACGACUUCUCAAAAACCAAAACAUUGUUGAGAUUGAAGAAAGAAGCAGGGGAUCGAAAGAGGGCUGAUCAUAUUGAUAUAAUUUCGUUACCCUAAUUACCAUCAUUUUAUCAUGUACACCAACCUUCUUCGGUGAACUGGCACUCCUUGAAGUGCCCAUAUUGACCUUGUACUUUUAUUCUUCCGGAUAAUAUCCCGUGAUCAUUGAUUGCCCGCAGUGGGAAUUUGAUUUUUUCUCCAGUACUCCACCAGACAGGAGUUUCUACAGUAACACAUGCCGUCUGCUUGCCACGCACCUGGUAGUCUUCCGCGAGAUCAACAGAGAUUUGAAGUUGUUCACAGUUAUAUAUACUCUUCUCGGAAUGCUCGCCACUGGAACGCGCGCUCAGCAGUUGGUAUCCGUCAUUUUUCAGUUGCACGAAGGCAGAGGAUUCGUGUUCUUUGUAGCAUGGUUCGUGGAAGAUGUCUUCACUCAUGAAUGCUAAAGCAAGCUCUGUGGGACUCUUUCUGAAGAAAGCUGAUACUGAGUACUUAAAUGGCAUCAGAUUGAGUCGUGACACAAUCUCUUUGGCACUCAUCCGAGUCAAUGUCAGCAGGUAAGCAAUUUUGGAGAAUCGGUCGAGGUUAGUGACCACUGCAUCUUCUGGAACAUUUAUAGUGGUAUUUUGGGUAAUGUCCCGCCAGGAAAUCGUUCCAUCCUUGGCCUCGGUCCCAUGUAACACCAGAACAUCAUGAAAAUUAGAACCUCUUUGACUGAUCUUAACCUUAGAUGUUAGUGUUAUUGGCUUCUUAAACAAAUGGCCGUUCGGCAAGAGAUUGAUUACUGGUGCGCCAAAUAUGAUGUCAUUUUCAAGCCCUCUUUGCACCACUAAGCCAUAGUACCUUUCAGGGUCCUCCAAAGUUAUCUUCACCGACACUGGAUUGUCAACAGCUCCGGACGGGCAUAAGAGCUGUACAUCAUUUGCUGUGACUUUGCCACCUUUGCUGGUGAUGAUCCCAGAUCCUCUUUUACUAUUUUCCCUUCCUUGAAUAUCCUUAGGGUUGUUUGGAAAAUCACCCUGUGACGUGGAGAGGUCUAAAUCCGUAUAAAAAUAAAUUAAGUUUUAUAUUGCGUAGAAAAGCGUGUUUCGUCGUUUAAUCAGUUAUUCCAAUAUAAAACACGCUAAAACAGAUAAAUUAGUCUUUAAGAAAUCAAAGUUUGAAUUUUUUUAACGAGUGGCUGGUCUCGCUUAUCUUGUUGAAAGUCACUAAGAGAUUCCCUUCAGGACUCCCCAUUUAUUAUUAAUUAUAAUAAUUAUUUAUUUAGACAUUUAAUAACUUUCCUCGUCGGGAUCACACUACCGGAUUGCAGAACGUACAAAGAGUAAAUUGAUCGAUCGAAAAGAAAUUUUGGGCAACCCUCACCUUUUUCCUUGAGCAAAUCACUCGCAGUAUGCACAGCUGUUUCUUCCUCUUUCUAAAAAAAUUACAAAAAUCAUUGAUUCAAUUACCAAAGUAAACGUGGUAAAAAAACAAGAAAGCAGACACACUUGGACUACGACCUUUAUGAACGCGUAAGGAAAUUAUUAGUUACUAUCAUGGAUUAAGAUUCUCCUUAGUUUAUCCAUUUUCAUAGGAAAUUAGACCUGUAUCUAAAUAACCGGGAAUGAAAGAAUGGGAACGAAGAGUACGAUUCUCUUCAACAAAAGUGGCCAUGUUUAGUAUAAAUUGUCACUUUUACUGCUGAAAUAUCUCAAAUAUUUCUAGUCUUUUUUUUGUGUGUAACAGUCGCAGUAGCAAAGUGAACUAAGAUACUUACCUGUUUCGCAGGUAACUGGCGGUCAGCGGAUGAUUCUUCCACAGUGCUUACAGCCGUGUGCUUGCUUUCAGUGUACCUAAAAUAUACGUUUGGAAUGCGGGGAUUAAACCGUUUGAAAUAUAUGUAAUCGUAGCGAUAGAUGCAAGCUGAGGCCCAUUGCAGCAAGACAUUAAGUUAACUAAAAACUCUUGUAUUCUAACUGAGAUACAGUUGUCUUUUACCCUUUAACUCCCAUGGGCGACCAGGACAGAAUUUCUCCUUGCUACAUCAAUACAGUAUCAAACAGACAAGUGAUGAGAACAAAGAAAAAUAUCAGUCGGGGAAUUAUUAUUUGAUUCAGUACCAAAUUCUCAGAACUAACAUCAUAAGAACUGCAUGCCAGAGAGUAAGGAGAAUUGCUAAUGAGAUCUUAGCAUUUUUAAAAGAUGAGCCAAGGUUGAACUUACGUUUUCUCUCUCUUUUUCUGGAACACAAUACUUGUGUUUUCUCCCCGAAUUGAAUGCUCUUCUUCUCUAGCAGACUUUUCAGGAAUUGCUGCAGGGUGGUCAACACCAUAUGAGAUGCUACUCGGCUUCGACGCCGAUCCUUUAAGUCAAAUAUAAGUUGUUAAUGUUCAUUCGGUCCAAAAGAAGAUUCAACCCAAUCUUUUACAUCCACCAGCUAAUCCAAUGGAAAACUGUGCUUUCAUUGACGUACCUGGAACAAUCUUCAACUGCAUAGACGGUUGAGAAUUUUUCCCUUUCUCGCAUUCCUGCAAUGGUGAAUUUAAAAACAAAUUCGUGUCAACAUUAAUUUUGAUAGAGGUCAAACACAAGGCUCAGAUUGGUGCAAGCAUUUGACCAUCAGAUCAAGGUGAUAUCUUGUGCACGCUCAUUUCUUAUUCACAAUAAGACCAGCUGCGAACUUGGAAACUUUAAGCCGCCAAUCAUAAAGGUCACACUACACCUAAAACCACAUGGAAAUGGAGGAGUCGUGCACACAAUUACCAGAUUACACUCCUGUCUUAUUAGAGAGUCAGUUGCUUAAGGAAUCCUACUGUACUUUUUAAAAGUAGUACGUGAAUAACUAGUUUUGAUAUCUUUGGAAGACGUAUCCGUUAAUGGCUUACAUGCAUCUUUGUUCACUUCCUAAAUACAUAAGACUCCUCAUUCCUAACCUCGUAUAGUUUCUGGUAUUUCUCACUCUUUCCUUCAUCACCCAGUUGUGUGGCUAAGCCUUGAAGAGUACAAAGAAUGUCUUUUUGGUCCUGAGCAGACAUGACAGUUCUCUCUUCCCAUUGCUUUUCAAAGAAUUCAAAUUUCUCGCCUUGGAAUUUCUUGUGAAGUUCCUUCUCACGAAGUACUUUACUUAAGUACAAAAUAAUUUGCAAGAUUUCUUCACGCUGGUUUCGAGGGAGUUGCUGCAGAUCUGGCGAAUUCCAAGCCAUUACAUAAAACUCCAGAGCCUCCUUCGUGUAUUUGCUUAUCAUUUUUUGGUCUUCAGACCCAUUGAGCCGCUCGAUGAUCUGAUCGAUGAUGCUCUUCUUAGCGUAGGAAAAUUCUUUGUCUUCUUGCCACAGCCUUUCAUAAAAUUCCAAGGCCUCUUUCUGGAACUCGUUUAGCCUGCCGUUCUCAAGGACUUUCUCGUAGCUCUGUACAAUGCGAUCUCUCACUGCACUGUGGUUUCCCAUCUCCAAGGAUUUCUCAAUUCUCCAUGCCUCUUCUAAGAAUUCUUCAGCUUCGCCCAAUUGGUCUAAAUUUCUGCAGAUCUGUCCUACCUGAAAUGCACUCCUCGCCGUGUCGGGAUGGUCACCUAAUAUGUCUCGUCUUAUCUCUAAUGCAUCCAUUGCUGACUUGUAAGCUUUCUCAAAUUCAUUUUUCCAUGCGUAAGCGUUGGCGAUGUUUCUGUGAUAAAGUGCCAAGCGCAAGAUUCCCGAGCGUUUUAGUUGCUUGGAAAGUUUCAGAGCUUCUUCGUAACACGUGAUGGCCUUGUCAUAUUCUUUUUGCAUUUCGUAAACCGUACCUCUCUGGCCGAUAAAAAAUGGCAAAUCCAGAUGGUUAUUUGAAGCUGAAAGAGCUUUUCUCAUUUCAUAAGCCCUUGUGUAAAAUUUCAUCGCAUCGUGAAAGUUUCGAAGCUCAUUGUAGCAGUUUCCAAUCGCAUUUAAACAUUUCGUGGUACUUGUGUGGUUUCCGACGAGGUCUUCCAUCAAAUCAAGUGAAAAACGCAAACUUCUGAGCGCUUCCUGUACACUUCCUUUUUUGUAAGAAAUCUCGCCUUUGACGUACAGGUAAGUAGCAAAAGCAAAUUUGUAAGGAUCUUGGUUCUUUAUCUCCUUAUCUACUUUCAGAGAGGACUCCUCUGCGAGUUUCAAGAUUUCAGUUGCCCUCUUCCAUCCAUAGAUUUCAAGAGCUUGCAUUGCCUCGUGGGAUCUCACUUCCAUGCGAAAGAUGGAACCUGGAAAGUGCAAUUAAUAAAAAUCAGCCUCUUAAAAAAAUUUCUCUCUACAACCAACAGUAACUAGUUCUUUCUUCGGACAUCUCAUCUGUGAAAAUACAGCAAUCAAACUAGUAUCCCAAAUGUAGGAGGCUAAUAAAACUUGCUGCAAGGAAUACUUCCAUUGCACACUCAUGCCCUACAUCUGGGAAAAGCUAUACCCAGGUCAAGUCUUUACAGUUCUAAGUAAUCAAGAAGUAAUCAUUGCUCACACUAGAUUAUUCUGUUAGCUAUCGUGCCAGUCAAGUGCAAGAGAAUUAAUAGCAUAUGAGGCAAAAAUGGAAGUAGAUAUUAAUCAAACAAAAAAUUCUUCCCACCUUCUCUUCCGUCCUCUUCCGUUGCUUCUGUCCACGAUUUAAAAAUCUUCCUUCUCUGUUUGUUUUCAAGCAUUGCUUCAAAAAGGUAGUAGAUCAUGGCCCUCUCAUGAUGUUCUUUCAAACCAUGAAAAUUGUCCGCUUUGAAGGGGAGGUUUAGAGCAAACUCAAAAUUAAGCUUGUCAUGGUCAAAAUACUCGAAUGCACUUACGUAGUCUUUAUCCAGCAAUGCCGCGAUAGAGAUCAUUUUUGAAAAGUAAAGCUCGCGGAACCUAUCUUUGGCUGCGUCGUAGGCUUUUCUGAAUACUGGACUACCGGUAUUUCCAAUACUUCUCAGGAAGCUACGCAUCAAGGGAUGAAUAUCAUAAAGGAGCUCCUUUACAUCAGGAUCCACUGAUAACACCUCGCUACUUCUCAAACCUUCUAGUACAAUGACUGCUUCAGAAGACUCUACACCAAGGACAGAAGCAGCGGCUUCCUCAGAGAAUGGAUAGCAAAACAGCGAUAAUGCCACGGCGGAUGAUCUAAGGUUGAUGGUUGGAAGGAAAAAGAACAUCUUUCUUAGACAAGAGAGCUUUCCUUCACCAAUCUCCUUACUGAGACUUUGCCACGCUUCUCUUUCCUGCUGAUUCUGUACUGGUGAGAGGAAAGUUUCACCUUCGUCAGUCUCCGAUGUCGUCAGUUCGUCUUCAACCAUUCUAAGAAACUUCUCACCAGCUGCUAUCUUUUGCCGAAGAGUGGCCGCCAUGCCAUUUAGAAGAAGUGGGUACCCUUUACACAUGUCCACAAUUUUCUCAAUUUUUCCCAUCUGUAAGACAGAUAAUUCUCCUGCCUUUUGAAGAAUCAACUCUUGCGAGAACCCUUUCUCUAAAGCUUUCACUUCAUAGCAGUCGCUUUCGCAGGGGGUAAGCCCUUGGAAACGUGUCCUGGAUAUCAAAGCUACUUUCAAUCUAGCAAUUCCCUCAUCGUCCUUCGCGUUCCUAUCUUUGUCUUUGAUAAGCGUUUGUAGCAGUUUAACCAUCUUAUCGUUCAGGGUCUUCAAAAGAUCGCCAUUUCCACCAGAAAACUGAUCCACAUUGUCCAGGAGUAACAAAACAUCGUCUGGACUUUCCUUCCUCAGUUUUCGAAGUUGGUUGAUGACUGGAUUUUCGUCGUAAGUUAAAACUGUCCUUUUCGUGUCCAGUGCCAUCAUAAUUUGAAAGUAAACGUCUUUCAUCUCCGCAACCUCCCUCAUGUCGACAAAGAUGGACUGUCCUGGCCACCGCAGAGAAAUUUCUUUUCCCAGGGUUGUCUUUCCCACACCACCGGAGCCAUAUAAAUUGACGAUUUCCUUCGCUCCGGUCAGUUUGGCCAUGAUUAAAUUCAAAUCGAGGUCUCUACCUUUUAUUGCUUGUCCUGAUAUCUUUGGCUCACCGCUCUGGAGAUGGUUUUUCUUGAAUUUUUCGAUUCUCUUUGUGAUACCCUCCUUCUUUGAUGAUUUACAAGCGACAAAUCUCUCCAGCAAGGUUAAAUUUUCCUCAGACAAAAUUUUUUGAGUUGCAAACAGUCGGAGAUGGGAAUACAAAUCUUGGUCUGUUUUAGCCUGAGAAUUUACUUCUAGGGUGUUCUUUAUGGAUGCAACAACAUCUUUGAGUUCUUCAGCAGUUAGUGCAUCGGUAACAUCUCGCAAUAGUUCGUCAAAAUGAGGCGAAAUCUCUCCCAAAGUCGCCGAAGGUGCUUGAGGGGUCGGUUCCUGCGACGCCAUCUUUGGCUUCACUAUUGACAUGAUACUGACAUGAGGCUCCACAUAGCAUUAGCUUUAUGUGGGAGAAUAACUAUUUGACCCAAAGAUGACACGAUGAAUUUUAGAAUUUUCGACUCGCGGUAACUGUGAUUCCCUAUUAUCAAAUUUAAAGGCUAUAGAGGUAUGAAUGACAAUAAAUGAAUGGCAUUAGUCGAAAAUGUAUAUCAGGUAACCACAAAAGUCAGUCUUUGGUCGACAAAACCGGUUUUAGGAUAAUGUUGUCACGCGAUUACCGAGGAUGCAGCUGCAGUAUGUAGAUCUCGCGUCGCUUGUGAAAUUCCACAGUCAUUUACUGACGUCAGUGAUUUGAAAAGCUGACUUAGCGGUAGGGUGAUCAUGACAAAACAAAAACAACGACCAAAGAAAGUCAUUGCUAUCGGAUUUCUACCAGUGAUAUUCGUAGAAACAGAUCAAGGUCAUGAAUUUUAAUCAAUUCCCGGAAAGACCAUCAGCAGUUAGGUAAUUCUCGGAAUUGUCCCAUUGUCAGUUUGAGUUAUUCAACGGUGACGUUGUAUUAUCCAAUAAACCAGAUUGCUUAUAUGAAGUAUGUUUUGUAAAAUACCUUAAAUCGUCGAUGGUUAACGAUAUUUAUUUUGUUCUUUGACUUAAUCGCGCUUCCUUAAUCAAGAUAUAUUUAUCAAUGGGUCGAAUUUAUCGACAAGUGGUAAUUGAUAUUAGCGGGAGUAAAUCAAAUCAAGUUACUCAGAAGUCACAAAUGAAAACUGGCGUGCAUCCGAGAAAUCUUUGGUUUGGAUUCGAGUUUUAGCACAAGUUUUAGGUCAGUCCUCUAUUCUUGUAAGCUACUCGUCCGCCCGCUGCCUCCACAAGGCUGGUGUGUGUGUUUGUUUUGUUUUUUGUCAGCGCUGUAGGAUUCUCGAUCUCCUGACGAUUUUAUCUCCUUUUCUUUAUAAACUUGAACGAAAAUCCUUACUCCUUAAUUUUCUGUCAUCUUUUUUUUUCUUUCUUUUUUUUUGUAAUAUUAUAAGACACGAGGAUGGUGCUCUCAGAGGGAGAAAUGAGUGUCCGUCGGGUCCACUUAUGGCUCUAAAGAGAUAAAGUAGGUCAGCGGAUUUAUUCAUAAUAACAUGCACAGUAGGAUUUAGCAGAAAAAUCAAGAAUCGAGUCGACGAGUUUAGACCAAGUAGUCCUGUUCUUUUGUGUCCUUAAACAUCUUCAAGCCAUGAUCUCAGGACUGAAGAGCAGGUCUCUUCUUUUCUCUAUAAAGGUAAGAAACUAUUCAAAUUUCGCUGAUGUCGCUCAGUUCGCUUUUACAGCUUCUGUGUCCAUUUCUUUUCAGUCAACCGGGUUGGCGAGAAGUGCCUUACGAUCGUCCGGUUGUAGGGCUUUUCAUUUUAAAAUUGAAGGAAGACGAUCACAAGAUGGUACGGCGAAGGGACAGGUUUGAAAGAAACUAUUCUUUUUUGGGAAUUAUUUCGUAAACUUAAGAAUUUAUCGAGCGAUGACAAUGGCAAAGGCAGUCUUACAUGAUUUCGUUAUGUAAUAGGACAUGAUAUUUACGAUGCAGAUUACGUUUCCGUGCGACUUUUCAUGAUGUAACGGCGCAGAGAAAUCACUUUUAUUUAUUGGGUAUAAAUGUAUAUUGGCUAUAUAAUGAAUAUUUAAAUUUGAACAAAUGUGUUGAUUUUUUUCUUUUUGACCGCAUUUUUGACACGAAAACGUUCAAUUCUACUAUGAGAAUUGCGUGACAACAGUUUAGGCUGGCGGUCACGCUCUAUUGUGGGCCCUUAAUUUUCAAUUUCGUUAUAGAACCAAAGAAAAAAUCACAGGUUUCUAUUACACUGGCUAGUAUGUUGAACAUGUUUUUCUUGAGGGUUUUUUAGACAGUAAUUAUGCAAUGUAUGGAAAUACAUGAUCGUAUUGAAUAUCAUAAUAAUCGUUCGUCUUGAGAGUAAAAUUUCCGCACAGCCCCGUACUACAUUAUGCAUUCAGUUCUUGGAUAGAGAAAACAAUGACAAAAACAAUACAUUGCCAUUGGGAAAACAGAUUUGUUUUAGAGCAGUAUGUGGCUGUGCAGAAAUUUUGCCAGUUUAUUUCAAAUGAAGUGUAUUGGCAAACAUGUUUCAGCACACUUAAAAAAAACACAGAAUGAAAUUAACCCCUUAGCUUCUUGAAUUAAUGAACAUGUAGCUCCCCAAACAAUAAUCAUAUGUAAAAUGGAGAAAUGUGUCGAUUUGAGGGAAUUACCUGGAUAGAACAUUAAAUUCUCCCACUUGCUCAUAAGGAUAUCUAACAAACAGAAGUGAGAAUUACCAAUUGGAUUUGAGGAGUUAUAGAGAUAACUUAGGAGAGUGUCAUGGUUGCAGUCUAGUCAUCAUGAUAAUGGCAAAUCAUAUUUUGAAUAUCCAAGUCUACUUGUGUGCUUAAAUUAACUACUAGUGUUCUUCUUAUCUACCUGCAGUUAUCACGGGAAUAUCCUGUGGUAGACCACAGUUAUGACGCUUUAGUUGUUGGUGCUGGAGGUGCUGGUUUACGUGCAGCCUUUGGUCUUGCACAUGAAGGAUUUAAAACUGCUUGUAUCACCAAGCUUUUCCCAACAAGAUCACAUACUGUUGCAGCACAGGUUAACGCUUUUACUUAAUUUAAAAUCAUAUUUUAAAGUAACUUUCAAACUUAAACAGAGUCUAUACAGGGUUUGUUGUCUACCAAUUGUUUGAGUUACAUCCCUCACACAAAUAGAAAUAAAGUGUUAUGCUUGCACUAGUUAUUUUAACAAUAGCCAUCACCUUUUUGCUCAUAAGGUAUGAUUACCUAAUCCUAAGCAAUGCACAAGAAAAGUUUGUAAAAAUUCGUGCCAGGACAUAUGAUUAUCACCCUUUUCCCAUAUUUUUCCUGCAGAUUCCUUGAAGAUUAUUGUGUCAGCAAUAUAUAAUGAAUCAAUGUAAAGUGCAGUCAAUUACUUUAACCCUUAAACUCCCAAAACUGACCAAGACAGAAUUUCUCCUUACAAUACAAAUAUAAUAUCAAGUAGACAAGUGUUGAGAAUAAAGAAUAAUAUCAAGAAAUGGAUUAUAACAUGUUUUCAAUUAAAUUAAAUGUCAUCUACAUGUAUGCAGGAUGUGCCCAAAGAAUUUUGUUUUUAUUUACUAGGGAGGAAUCAAUGCUGCUCUUGGAAACAUGGAACCUGAUGAUUGGCGUUGGCAUAUGUGAGUUUGUUAUCUUUUUAUGGCGAGGAAUGUAAUUAUCGCUGCUUUCUCUGUUUUUAUAAACAUUCUAUUCCGCUACAGGCAUUCUCUUCCAGUUUCCCAAUAUUUAUCUUGUUGGCAUCUAUCUGCUGAGAAAACGUUCAGUGGCUAGUCUGUUUCAAAGUUGCCUUUUUUGCAUUUUUGUUGACACCAAUUUUGCACCUCCAAUUCUGGGAUUCAGCACUAGCUGUGUUAUGCAGUCUUCGUGAAAACAAUGUAUUCAAAUGUUAUUUAUGUUACUGGUUUGUUUGGGGUUUUACGUACAGGUAUGACACAGUGAAAGGGAGUGACUGGCUUGGGGAUCAGGAUGCAAUUCAUUACAUGACAGAGGAAGCACCAAAGUCAGUGAUUGAGGUAUGUGCUUCUCAAAUGAAUGUUGUAAAUUGACCAUUGUAAAGAGUUGACAUUUUGAGCAUUAGCCCUUUGUCAGAGCAAUUGAUGAAGGGCUAAUGCUCGAAACCUUUACGUUAUUAACUUAAUUGAUAAUACUAAAUUACCCUGAAGAUUUUAGAUAUAUGAAAAUUCACAUAUUUGCACUGCGGUGGAAAGAUGAAAUUAAGAGAUCCUCGCAGCUAAGAACACUACUGAAACGAGUAGUUGUAAAUAGGACCUGAAAAAAAUUCAGGCCCGUACGGGAUUUGAACCCAUGACCUCUGCGAUACCGGUGCAGCGCUCUACCAAUUGAGCUAACAAGCCAACUGGGAGCUGGUCAAUGAAUUGGGUCCAAAUAAACAUCCAAGUGAAUGAAGAUUUUAGAUAUGAAAAUUCACAUAUUUGCCCUACGGUGGAAGUUUUACCCUGGGGUGGGAGUUUUACCCUGUUAUACUCUCCCACAGAUGCAGCACCACAGUUUCUUCAGAAACCUACCCCCUUUAUUUGAAUUUUUUAAAGCCAAACUAAUAAUUCUAGCCAAUUAGAUCAAAUAACACAUGUGUGAUGAACCAUGAAAAGCUUACAAUAAACUCACAACCGGCACUAAGCGUCAAAAAUGCAAAUUAGAAAGUAGUUACAAUUUUUCUUCUUUUAAGUUUGUUUCUACCAGUCGAGAAAAUGUACAUGCAGUAGAGCAGCACAUUUCUGGAUUGCUUUUGACAAACAAUCAAAAGUUGUCGUCAAUGUGAAUUAGUUCUCUGUAAGGUACAUACAUGUAUCAUGUUAAAAUUAAACUUGGAAGUUUGACAUUCCAUGCAUGGUACAGUACAUUCUCAAGAGUCAUUGUUCAUCUGGCAGACAAGCAAACAUUCAUAAAAAUAGUAAGUAAAACAAAUUUAAAGUGUUUGUAUUGUUUCCUUUCUUUUGUACAGCUUGAAAAUUAUGGAAUGCCCUUCAGUCGAACAGAAAAGGGCCAGAUUUAUCAGCGUGCAUUUGGUGGUCAGAGCUAUAAUUUUGGUAAGGGAGGUCAGGCACACAGAUGUUGUGCUGUUGCUGACAGAACAGGUCACUCCUUGCUUCACACUUUGUAUGGCCAGGUAAGGAGAGUAUGUUUGAAGAAAAAAAUAUAUUUUAGGGGGUAAGGUUGGGUAGGGGUUUGUUUUAGGAGGUACAUGCAAGAACAAUUUAAACUUAGAUUUCAGUUUUGAGUUACAUUGAUAUUUUUUGUUUUUUCAUUUGUAAUUAUUUCUUCUUUAGUCCUUGAGAUAUGAAACAGAGUAUUUUGUGGAGUAUUUUGCACUGGAUCUCCUCAUGGACCAAGGAAAGUGUGUGGGAGUUAUUGCCUUGUGCCUCGAGGAUGGGUCACUUCACAGAUUUAAGGCAAAGAACACAGUGAUAGCAACUGGGUAUGUUAGUGAUUACUGUUAUAUACACAAUGGAUUUACCUUUUAACAAUAACUGUUGUUGACUGUAUCUUUAACCAUUUAACUCCCAAGAUCUGAUUUUUAACCCUCCCCUCUAGCUGCUACACAUUUCUUUGAAAAAUAUUUACAAGAAUUUGAUAUAAGAUCAAGAUAAUAACUUCUACUUGAUAAGUUUGAGAAUUCUCAUUACCAGUUUGUUGGAUAAUCUGUGGAUAUUAUUAGGAGAAGUUACCUGUUAAUCACUUCUGGAAGUUACAAGGUUAAAAGUAAACAUGCAGUCUUUCAAUGCUGUUUCUUUUCAUUUGCAAUACUGUUGUGCAUAUGCCUAAUGUAGUUCAUUUUAGGGAUAUUUGGCUAAUUCGUUGUUUGUUUCCUCUAGUGGGUAUGGCCGUGCCUAUUUCUCCUGUACGUCAGCACACACCUGUACUGGAGACGGAACAGCUAUGGUGGCAAGAGCAGGACUUCCUAACCAAGACAUGGAGUUUGUCCAGUUUCAUCCAACAGGUAUUUUUACAAGAAAAGUUCUUUUUACAAAAGAGGAUCUACAUUAUAACUUCCCAGUUUCUGCAGCAUGAUACAUGUUCUCCCUCCAGGAGUGAUUUUGAACCCCUAUAUUUUAGCCACUAAUUCAUCCCCAGCAUUUUAGAAUGUUUCCUGAAUAGUUUUUUUUCCUUCAUUGAUUUUAACUCCUCAGAGGAGAAAGACAAUUGAGAAUAAAGUACCCUGCCCAAAAACCUCUUAUAAUGACUAAGACAACCAUUUCACUGAAGUCUACAGCACCUAUUAUAGUUUAAUUAUGGUACCUUCCACUUGUUUCCAAUUAAAAUUUUUUUUGUGUUCUGGCCUAUUUUCCAAAAUUCUUAAAUUGGUAGCACCUUCAAAUUUUGUUUCAAAAAUUGUAAAUUGCUUAAUGCAACCUGGCCAAAAGUCCCCUGCAAAAUUUUGUGAAGAGCAUAUUGAUAUUGAGAAUGUGCUAUAUAAUUGCAUCACUACCUAAAAGACUAAAGAUUUAUUUGUUCAUUUUUGUGUAGGAAUUUAUGGCGCUGGUUGUCUGAUUACUGAGGGAAGCAGAGGAGAAGGAGGUUAUCUUAUCAACAGUGAGGUACUGAACUGUGUACUCUGUACUUGUUUUAGAAUCAUUUCUGAUCUAUCAGGCAUAAUUGAUCACAUUCUCUGGGCUUGAUUUAUUAUGGUGUCCUUUCUUUAGGGAGAAAGAUUUAUGGAGAGAUAUGCUCCUACAGCUAAAGACUUGGCAUCAAGAGAUGUCGUGUCCAGAUCAAUGACAAUUGAGAUCAGAGAAGGAAGGUGAGUACAUAAGCAAGUUUGUUUCUUUAUUGUAGUUAUUUUUUGGGUUAUGGGUGCAACUUAGCAGCCACAGGGGUAUAGAAAAUAAUUUGCAAUCGGAAGGUUAGCUUCCAAUUUUUUUUUUCAUUUUACACUGAAGAAGGAUUACUUUCUCUAGGUUAGUUUACAAAGUAUUUUAUGACUUCUGAUCAGCCCUGAGUUAAGCUUAUUGCCAGUUCUAAGGUUGUCUUAACUUACAUUUGAUUUUCUUUUCAGAGGGGUGGGGCCAGACAAAGAUCAUGUGUACCUUCAACUGUCCCAUCUUCCAGCUGAGACACUCAAGACACGGUUGCCUGGAAUAUCAGAGACAGCCAUGAUCUUUGCUGGAGUCGAUGUGACCAGGGACCCCAUCCCUGUUAUUCCCACAGUACAUUACAACAUGGGGGGUAUCCCCACAAAUUACAUGGGUCAGGUAGGUGUUGUGAUCCCUUUCCCCAAUCCCCUCUGUCCUCUCUUGGGUUUGCUACUCAUGAGAGAAACAUUGUCUUCUUCCCAAUGUCUUCUGCUGUGAGAUUGCAAGAACAUCUACAUGUAGUUUAAGUUCACUUAGCAAAAAUGGUCAUUCUUUUUCACCACUCAUUGCUCAAUAAUUGAAUUUUUACAAUCGCUAUUUCUGUGGUUUGCAACAACGUGGAAAUAUGUGCCCUAUGAGAAUUGUCUUUUCCUCUGAAGAAACUUGGUGAGGAUGAAAAGGGAAGUAAACAAAACAGAAGUGAAAUUUCCCAUUUGCUUUUGUGCCUCCAAUUUUUAAUGCUUAACCCAAUUGAGGCUCUGAUGGCACUCUCUAUUGUACUGUUUUGUUGUUUAUUGGGGAAAAAGUGCCAUGUCAAAUAAAACGGCCAAUGACAAGUUAGAAAGAAGUUUUUCAACAAUUUAAAGUUUUCUCCAUUUCCAGGUUUUGACGAAGAAGGAGGGCAAAGAUGAAGUCGUGCCAGGCCUCUGGGCGGCUGGAGAGUCUGCAUGUGCCUCGGUCCAUGGUGCAAACAGACUGGGUGCUAACUCCUUGUUGGAUCUGGUUGUGUUUGGACGAGCAUGUGCAAAUUUCAUUUCUAAGUUUAACAAGCCGGAUGAGACACUUCCCGAGCUUCCUUUGGUAAAGCAUUUUCCUUCUAUCUCUUACAGCGACAUAUUUUUCCUUGGUGGGCAGCUAUCUAUUCUCUUAAAGCUAACUCUCAAAAAUGGCAAUGGACAAUAAACCAUGUCCCUGCCAAAAUAUGUGAUAAGAUUUUCUCAUCUCAUCGACUGCUUUUGGUGUAAUUUAUUUGUGUUGUUUGGAGGAGUUAUAUUCUAAUCACUUCUUGGAUAUGAGAAUCUUCCAUGUGAAGUGUCUGUAAUUACAUGAGAGAAACAUGAAAUUUAAGUUGAGAAACAAAACUAUGGCUGCGGAUGAGCAAAUUGUGUUAAGAGCUUUAUGGGAAUUAUUUCAUAGGAAGUGUCUAUUAGUAGUAGAUAGAGACAAGAAAUGAGUUAUGUACACAUGAAUGAAAAUGGUUCCAUUGUGUUUUGAGUGGAGGAUAAUUAUAUAAAUUCUUUUUUGUUGAUUUAGAAUGCUGGAGAGGAGUCUGUUGCUAACUUGGACAAAAUUCGAUAUGCUAAUGGCAGUACUCCUACUGCAGAUUUGAGAAUGGACAUGCAAAAGGUAAAAGUUGCAUUUUGAGAACAGUGGGAGGAACAUUCUAUUUGCACAAUCUUUUUUCCUCUGGAACAGCACAAGUUUCAUGUCAAAUUAUGCACAGAAUCAGAAGUUGGUCUUUAACAUACGUACUAUUACAUUUGGGGAUAUUUCUAACUUUUUCGGUUUUGUUUUUGUUUUGAUUGUUUGCUUUCUUUUUUGGAGUCAUUUUUUUUUGGUACCUUUGACCCAUAUUAAACUUUCCAAAUGAAUGAAUAGAAUUGUGAAUGGUUAGAGAUCAAAGAAGAUUUGGCACUGAAUCAAACAAUAUUUCCUAGCUGAGUUUGUUGCUUUCUUGUUAUCAUCCUGCUUUAACCCUUUAACUUUCAGAUCAAAUUUGUAACUCUCCUUACUGUCAACCAUGCAAUUCUUAUAAUGUUAGUUCAGAGAAUUUAGUAUUGGAUCAACUAAUUAUCCUUAAAUUGAUAUUAUUUUUUUCUGUAUUCUCAUCACUUAUCUGGUUGAUGUUGUAUUGUUAUUGUACGGAGAAAUUCUGUGUUGGUUACUCAUUGGAGCUAAAAGGUUAACUGAUAUUGAGAGGGGAGAGCACUUAGUGGUGGCUCUUGGGAAGUGGAAACUCAGAAGCUAAACGACUUAUUAUUCUCAUGGUUCUUUCCAGACUAUGCAGGAACACGCAGCUGUAUUUAGGACUGGUACAGUCUUGGCUGAUGGCUGCCGAAAGAUUGAUGAUAUCUACAACCAGACAGAAGACCUCAAGGUACAAACACAAUUGGACUUUUGUUUUGCCCUAAAGCUUUUCACCAAUUGCCUAAUUCUGUCUCAUAUCGUGGUCAUUUAAAACUGCACUUUGCUUUUGAGAACCAGACUUGUGCUCAAGGUUUUUUUGAAGUAAUUUUUAAAAAUUUUUUAGACUGCCCCUCAACUCAAUGUUUUCUUGGGUAAUCUGUUACCAAUGUUUUAGAUUUUCAAACCAAAGGGUGGGCAGGAGUAUCAAGGUGGUAACUACAUGAUGUAAAUACCCCUCCCCCAUCCCCUCCCUCCCCCUCAUCCCUUUCACUUAAGGUUCUCACAGUGUGGGCCAUUGCAGUCACAAGUUUGCAGAGAAAUUUAACCUAUUUCUUGCACAGUUUAAGUUUUGCUCUUCCUCUCCUGUUAUCUAAUUUGUAGUUGUUUGAUCGUGGCAUGGUGUGGAACACAGAUUUGGUUGAAACACUCGAACUACAGAAUCUUCUCAUCAACUGCAAGCAGACUCUUUAUGGAGCGGAGGCUCGUAAGGAAAGUCGUGGUGCGCACGCUCGAGAGGAUUUCAAGGUAUUGUUCAGUUAAUAGUGAUUUUCAAGUGAUUGUCGAAAUGAAUGCGGGAUUGCGAUUAUUUUACUUUCCUUUCAUUGAUAGGAAGGAUGCCGAAUCUAUCAAUGAAUCUCUCUAUCAAUCAAUCAAUAGAAUCUAUCAAUCAAUCAAUAGAAUCUAUCAAUCAAUCUAGACAGUUCUGUCUAAUUGUGGGCAGCUAAGUUCCAUUUGCAUUGCUACCGCUUCAUUCAAUCCGUUCCAUUCCGAACUGGCAGAUUGUGUCUGAUUUUGAAUCAAUGGAUCCUUAUACAAGGAAAAAACGAAAUAAAUAGAGUUUAUGGUAAAGUUCACAAACUCGUUGAUGUUACUCGAUUGACAAAGUAUUAACUGAUUAAGGGCGGUUUUCAAUUGAGUGUUGUUAAACCAAAACCAAUGUAAUCACAGCAGCCAAUUGGAAGAAAGGGAAAUUCCUGUAAGAGCCGAGGAGAAAUCAAACAAAACCAUCCAAACUGCCUAAUGUGUGCAAGGAAUCAAGUCGUGAUUGGUGUUAGUUUUGUAACUGAUUGGUUGGGAGGGUGAUGCAAGUUUUCUGGACCAAUAACAGAACAAAAUAAAGCAAUCCCGAAUUACUUUCAACACUCAAUUAAAAAUUGGUUUAUCGACUCACUAAUGAUGGAACUAAGGGCUUAAAACUUGCUUGUCCUGUUGAUCUUUCUUUUUGAUCCUCUGUAGGAACGUAUCGAUGAGUAUGACUACUCCAAGCCACUGGAAGGUCAAACAAAGCGUCCGUUUGAUAGCCACUGGAGAAAACAUACCUUGGCCUGGACUGAACAUAAUACAGGAGAGGUAUGUCAACAUUCUUGUUCAAUUUUUCCCAAGGGGACCAUACAUAGUAUUUUGUUUCUUCUCCAUCUUCUCCCCUCCCUCUACCCUGCAGAAAGAUAAUGUUAGUGAGGAAAAAUUUGAGUGUAAUUUAUUGACCACAAAGGUUAGCUUUAGUCCUUGUGGGCUCUGUUCCUCUGUUUUGGAGCAAAGUUUUUGUUGUGGAGAUAAUUUUCUGUGUCUUUGAUUUUUUUAAUAUUGGGCAAACAAAAUUCAUUUUCCAAAGAGGUUUCCCCUUUCUCCCCUUUGAAGACUGAUUUUCUGUCCUGUUUGCCUUGUAGACAACCCUGGAUUAUCGAGGAGUUAUCGACGAAACUCUGGAUCAGAAAGACUGUGCCUCUGUCCCCCCAGCAGUUCGCUCUUACUAGAAGGCCAAAUACUGAUAGGAAUGAAUGAAAAUCUUUGCAGGGCUAACGGGGGGGAAGCACUGAUUUAACAGAACUAAUUUAAGUAUAUACUGUUCUCAAUUGAGAAUUUUUGAGUGUAAAAAGUUUAAAAAAGGAACAGGAUUUUAAAGCUAGUUUCAAAAAAACUUAAUUGGAAUUAUAUGUAUUUGUUGAUGAUUUUGUCUUAAGUAGCACAAGUGUUGUGUUUGUUACUGUUUCUUUUUUGCUUCAGAAAUUCGCCCUACUAUUUUUGAUCUGUUCGUUUAUUUGUUUUUCUGGCUUCAGUGAGAGAUUUUUUGUUGUUUGAUGCUCUGGUAAGAAUUUUCCGCCUAUUUAGUUUUGAGGAAAAGUUCUCCACUCAGGGUUGAUCCAAAAUUGUUAAAAUUGCAGUAUUUCUUAUUUAAAUGUUCAUCGAAAGAUAAGGAAAUUAACAAUAGCACUCAAAGAUUCGAGUGGUUUUUUUUAUAUUGUUAAGGCUUUUCAAUUAUGUAAAAACGGAACAUGCCAUGAAGAUAUUUCUCUCUUUUCAUUUGCUUAAAUUAAACUGAUUAAUGCAUGCCUGUGUCUGUUUGGAUGGGUUUGGUUUCAUUUACCGCAAAGAAAUAUUCAAUUCAUUUAAUUUAUUCGUCUCUAUUUUGUCCAGCCGUCGUAUGGACAAGCUCACGAUCGUUUAUUCGACUGGACAUGUUUAAGUUAGAUUUAGAGUGGACAGUAGAGGGGAGGGGAGAAGACUACUAAUUUAUGAUAGUAAACUGGUAUCCAUUCAAACUCCUGGGUGAAGGGAAAGAGAACAACGAAAUGACCCAGCUGGGGCUCAAACCCAGAUCUCUCGCACUAUAAGUCUCGACCAGAAAUAGUUACCUCUGCAAUUAACUAUUCGCUUAAAUAUUUUCAGCCUCGAUGACAGCUUGCGGUUCACUCCGCCUUCCAUUGCAUGAAAAUAUUAAGAGUAAUGUUACUCUCCUUGGAUGGCAUUCUAUUCCAUCGCGGCUAACACCCAGAGGGCUUUUUUUGAUAGCUCACUUGAAACCAAUUUCACCCACUUGGUGAAGAAAGUCACAGUGACCUUGAAGUGUCUGUCCUUACAAUACUUUAAAUUGACCCUGCCACGUUUGAAACGGCACAUUUUGAUCUGGAAUCCAGCAAGCUGACCAUCGCACCACAGCGGUACUUCUCAACCUACUGUUUAUUCAGUAAAAAUGAGAAACAGAAUGAAAUUUGACUUGAGUUUCACGUGGACUCUCCUCAUGGCAGACGCUCGUUCCCAGUGGUCUUUCAGGGGUAAAGAAACGAACGAGACACCACCCUGUCACUCGCUCUGUCCCGAUAAUCACCCGACUCAGAAACUCGUUACUAGUGCUCCUCGGGCGUACUUCCUGCCUGUAGAAUUUAGUUUAGCCUACGUGCAGCCGCACCCUCCCCCACAGAGGUGAAACGGAGGCGAGGGAGCUCCCUCGCCUUCGUUUCACCGCUGGGGGGGAGGGUGCGGAUACGGGUAGAUUACCUUAACUCAUCAUGUCUCAGUUUUCGAACUGUGACGAAUGGUCGUCGUCAUGAAAAGACAGUUAUAUUUGUGAUCGCCAUUUGUGAUGUCUUCCAUUUGGACCGUUUUGAUGGCGAAAACGUAGUAUAACAGGAGAAACUUAUGUGAAAUGGGAAAUGGCAUCGAAUAACCCAGGUUUUUUUGGUUUUAUUGUGUGAAAUAGACGGCCAUUUUGGAUUCAUUAUUUCUUUUUUUGUAACUUACGUUUAUGUUUACAGCUAAUCGUGUCGGUGGAGAUUUCGCCCCUCCGAAAAGACCUAACUUUGGAACAGUGGGAAGACCGAUCGCUCUCAGGACAAAUUUUUUUCAAGUUCGCCUUCCUAAAGGAGACAUACACCAUUACGAUCUUAGUAUAUCCCCCGAUAAGUGUCCAAGGCGCGUGAACCGAGAUGUUGUCGAGGCGAUGGUUAACACAUAUCACAAAGUUUUUGGAGGACAAAGGCCUGUUUUCGAUGGAAGAAAAAACCUCUAUAGCAGUAAAGCUUUGCCGAUCGGACGAAAACCAGUAAGUGUGAACUGUAGAAACAUGCAACUAUUUUGCCAUGCAUGUGAUCGUAAGAUCUAAAUUUAUAUUGUUUUCAAUCAUCUUUACCUUGUCUUCUUGCAUUGUCUAGGGAAAGUGCUAAUUGAUACCUCUCCUCUUCGAUGGAACUUAUUUUUCCAGGUUAAAAUUCUUUGUCCGAUGUCGUGAUUUUAAAUUUAACCUUUACAAUUUUGCGACACUUUAGUGAAUGCGAGUCGUUCAACUAAUUUGAUUGUAGAUCUACAUGCGGCCCAAGCUCCAGUUGUGUGAUGAUCAUCUUGCGAAAUAAGAGUCAUGGCGAAUACAAGAUUUUUUGUGGGAAUAUUUGCGACCGCUCUAAGGAAUAAAAUAAACAGUCCCCCCCAAAUUCUCCAAAAAAAUACUGCACCUACUUUCACAGUGCAUCGCCUUUUAUCUGAUCACUUACUAUGUUGAAAAGAACCCAUUCUGGCGAGUUAUCCAUUUCUAGGUUACUACAUACAUAAGUGAAGCCCAAGGCUGCACACUCCAUUUCCGAACACCCAAUCCGAGAAGCAAAUAAUCCAAGCUCAAAAUUACCAGAUGGCCACAAAUCCAAUGAAGAAUCCAAACACAUAUACUCUGGUUUUGGUUUCCCCGUGAAACCAACACUAAGCUGCAGUUUGGUUAAAAAUUUUCCAGUUUAGACAUUUCUAACAGCCCCCAUACACAUUCACCCUGACAAACAACCAUUCAAAACCAGCUCAGUAACCCUGCCAACUUGGCACCUGUGGUUCUAAAACAGUUUUUUCAUUCCAUUAAUAAUUGCAAUAAGUGAAGUAGUUCUUUAAGAAAUAGCCCCUGCACUAAUCGUAAGUAGAGAACCUAGCCCCUGUUGUGGUGGUCAGGCCUGUGUUUGGAAGUUAGGGGCAUCUGCAAAGAUUUCCUUCAGUAAAUUAUUAAUGGUUUUAUGGAGUCUUGCCGAAGUCCUCUAGAAAGCAUUGUAAAGUGGAAUAAGCUGCUGCUUAUAGAAAUCCUUCAGUAGUAGUAGUAUUUUCAUUACUAAAAUGAUGAAUUUAGGGAGUGUUGCUCUGCCUCAACUUUUUUAAUUUAAGAUACUGAAAAUUUCAGAUUGAUUUUGAAGUAACACUUCCAACUGAGAACAGUAAAGACAAGGUAUUUAAGGUAAGAAAAGGAAUUCAUGUGAGAGUAGCUUUGAAAUUUUGCUUAGCAACAACUUCUUUCACCUUGCUUUACAUCAUAAUCACAACUUUACAGUACUAUUAAAAAUCACACUUUAUUAUAUUCAUUUUUCCCACCAGGUGUCAUAAAAAUUUAUUUGUCAAACAAUUAGUUACAUAGCUAUUAGAAAAUAACAGAUUUUUGUACAGGUUAUACUGGCAUUCAGCAGCCAAUCCUCUGGUACUCCUCUUUUUGUGUAGGUUUCUGCUAUCGUAGAGAGAAAUGUCUGGUUAAACUCUUUUUCUCCCAGAAGUGACCAACAAUUUGUUUCUCUUUAAAAGAUCUAUACAUUGUCAAGCAAACCAAUAGUGAGAAUAAAGGAAAAUAUUAAAUAAGAGAUAUUGUUCUCAAGUGAGAUUAUUUACAAAAUUCUCAGAAGUACAUGUAACAGUGAGUUUAGGUUUAAAAAGCUUACACUGUAUUUUAACCUUUUAAGUCCCAUUAGUGACCUAGACAUAAUUUCUAUUUACAUUAUCAGUACGAUAUCAAGCAGACAUGUAAUGAGAAUAAAGAAAAAUAUCACAUUCAAAAGCUACAAAUCACUGACAUCUCUGAAUGCACUUAUUAUCUUUGCUACUUAUAUAUUUCUAGCAUGGUAAUUUAUGCCUGGAUACUUCCAACAGUAUUUUGUUAAAGUACAUUUUCUUUAUAAGAAAUAAUGAUUGUGAGAUUUUGGUAGUUGAGGAUUUACAGUUGUCAUACAAGAAGCUAAGAAUGUAGAGGAGUUGCACAUGUUAAAGGUGCCUGUCAGCAGUGAAACAGUUUUGUGUACUGUACACAGGUUCAAGAUUUGGUCUUAUAUUGUAGACACAAAUGGCUCCCUUCUAUUCUACCACGCUACAGUAUGUUGUGAUUUUGAUUUAGGUGACUGUUAAAUGGGUAGCACAAGUCAGCUUAUUUGCACUGGAACAAGCAUUAGAAGGAAAACACAAUCAAAUCCCUUUUGAGACCAUCCAGGCUCUUGAUGUGGUGUUAAGACAUUUGCCAUCUAUGAAGUAUAUACCUGUUGGAAGAUCUUUCUUCUCGCAGCCAGAAGGCUAUUACCAUCCCCUGGAGAGUGGGCGUGAAGUUUGGUUUGGCUUUCAUCAGAGUGUCCGACCAUCACAGUGGAAGAUGAUGCUGAACAUUUAUGGUUAGUGUAAAAAUGACUACUUUAUAUCACUAUAGAAUUGUUUAAGUGUGUCAUAUACAUACUGCUGAUGUAGGACUGUAUCUUGAAAUCAAGGGAGAAUUAUGCAAGGAAAUUAUACAGACAAAUUUAGGACAUGAAAAUCAUGUGUCUAUAACACAUGCUGUGUUCUCUACAAUUCUUAGGGUGAUGGCUAAGGAGAAUUAUUUUGUUCAACAAUCAAGAGCUUCUUUAGUUGGUUAUCAUGUCCUUUAUUCUUGGGACCUUAGUGUGUAAUUCAGGGGUGAUAUUGUAAGGAGAAAUUAGAUGCUGGUCACUCUAAGGAGUCAAAGGGUUGAAGGGUAACAUAAGCGGUAGCCUCCACUAACAGUAGAGUAUAAAUGUACCCAAAGAUUUGUCUGAAGUUUUUGUUUAUCAAGAUAGAUAGUUACCGGUCACUAAAACUCUGACGAUGUUACUGAGAAAUUUUAUCUUUUGACUUGAUCAUAGUUUCAGCCACAGCAUUCUAUAAAUGCCAGCCAGUUGUAGAGUUCAUGUGUGAAGUCCUUCGCAGACAAGAACAGGAUCUUCAAAAGACAAAACCAUUGUCUGAUGCAGAAAGACUGAAAUUCACCCGAGAGAUAAAAGGUAUGGAGCCACGUAUUGUGUGCAUAUGCGAGGAUGAUAGAUACGUGUAGACUGGGAAAAAUAAUUGAAGAAGAGUUUCACUGUGCAAUCAUGCUCUUUUUUUGUUUUAUUAAUAUUAUUGAAAGUAAUUUGGAAAAAUAUAGCUUAUCUGCAUGGUUGACAUUGACAGAUAUUUAGCAGAUUUUGUUGUAAUUGUUGUUUUUACUGUUAUUAUGCUACAAUGAAGAAAAUGCUUUUUUAAAUGUGCUUUUAAAUAUGGUUACAUUAUAGGUUCCAAAUUUUAAAGGUAAAUGUACUUGUAGCUCAACUAGGUUUUUUUUAUUAGUUCAAUCCAGUAUAUUCUAACCGCAAUCCCUAAGUAUUAUCUCUUGAUAAUACUGGAAUGCCAACCUGUCCGGACAAUUUUUUAAAAUGUCUAGACACGUUUUAAUUCAUCAUGUUGUUUCUUGGAUGUUACAAAUUGGUUAACUUUAUACUUGUUUGAUUGCUCUUGCACAUGUGGGACAGAGGUUUCCAUUUUUUUUACCACAUUUUGACGUCAUCUGUGAUCUAUUACUGAACAGACGCACGGCAACUUGGAAUCUAUUUGUUAAAUAGAUAUAUAUAUAUAUUGAUUUUUCAUUACCAGGUCUGAAGGUAGAGAUUACACACUGUGGAUCAAUGAAGAGAAAAUAUCGUGUCAUCAAUGUAACAAAAUUACCGGCACAAACUUUGAAGUUCCCUCUAAAACAAAUGGAAACAGGUCAGCCCUGUGAGAUCACAGUGGCCAGAUAUUUUCAGGAAAAACACAAGAGAAGGCUUCAGUGAGUAAAGCAGUAAUUUUUCACCUAUUUUACUUCAGUAGAUUCCAUUAUUGUGACUCAUAGCUUUUUAUGGUUUAAUAUUCGACUAUUAUUUCAUUUUCUAGUGUUUUAACGUCCAGUUUUCGAAAUACUUCCUACGUCGUCGUUUGAGAAUUGCAUCCGUGUGCGAAAACGGAAACAGGCGAAACGAAACAAUUAAAGUGCUAUUUAUCACCAACACUAAGAAUUCGAAUGGCAUUAAAUUUUCGUUCAGGGCGUUUACCGUAAGCAUUUGCCCUGUUCUACAAUAUAAUACCGUGGCACAUGUUGCGCGUUCCGUUGUCCUCAUAUGGUUAAGUGACGUGACGGCGUAAUUAUAUCAGUUCUUAUUGCAUGAAUAAACAUACAUUCUCUAGUUGGAGAGAGGCACUGUACGACUUAAGUGUCUCUCCAAAGAACACGUCAUUAUUACCCGGCUAGGUCUCAACCCAGACUUUUUGAUAAAUAUUCUAGCUUACCAAACUUUGUGUCACUUAUCGUCCCAUCUGCAAAGGUACGUGUACGUUCCUUUAUUUAAUCCUCGUUUUAUUUCUUUGUUCGUGUGUUCGUGUAGAUACCCUCAUCUGCCUUGCCUUCAAGUCGGGCAAGAACAGAAACACACCUACCUUCCCAUCGAAGUGUGUAACCUUGUGGCAGGUCAGCGCUGCAUCAAGAAGUUGACUGAUAAACAAACGUCUAUGAUGAUAAGAACAACAGCAAAGAGUGCUCCGCAGAGAGAACAAGAGAUCUUAAAUCUGGUGAGGAAUACCACGGAUUGACAUUCAUAUCUGAUUAGUGAAUUUUUCUGAUUUUUUCAGAAUAGCCUUUUCCCCAAUGCGAGUCAUGUGAUGUUGUUAAUCAAUAUGUACGUAUGCUCGUUGUGCAAAGUAGAUGACAGAAUUAUAUGGAGCGUAAUAAAAUAUUACAGGAGAAGGCGGAAGCACUUCACCUUCCUUCUGAAAAUUUAACGCUUUCGGAAUUGCGUUCUGCAUGCUUUGUUUACACUGAAAAACGCUGUUGCAGGCCAUACUGAAAGAAAACAAGUAUAUUACCGUUACAAGGGUUAGACCCCAGCUUUCUAGGUUUGUAUUCCAGCAUUUCUAUUCAGUGAAGCUUCUUAUAGACAAUGACAUGUUUUUAAUUUCCGCUCACGUACGACUUUAGGUCAGGAAAGCUGACUUCAACAAUGACCAAUAUGUCAACGAUUUUGGAAUCUCAAUUAACGACAAAAUGGUGGACCUUCAAGGGCGGGUGCUUCAGGCCCCAAAGCUUCAGUACGGUGGGAAGGUAAUUGUAUUCGAGUGAUUAUUUUUUUUGGGGGGGUUAAAUCCGGUUUGGAGAUGUUGAAAUGCUUUUAAAAAGCUUUCGCCCUCGAGUAAAGAAAAUAACCAAAUGGGUGAAAGUGAUCGAGGAUGGAAAAGAAUGGAGAAGAAUUAAAAAGAUCCAGGGUGAAGUCUGAACUCGAGCCAAGGGGCCCAUUCAGCUGGAACUUAUCCCGGUUCCUAUAACAUAAAGCGACCAGGAGUAGUGCUACUACCCCUAGCAUUUCAUCAGGCUUUCCUGACAAUUCGCCGGUGUCCAUUUAUACUCCUGGGUAAAGAGAGACGUUGUGAAAGUAAAAAUUAUUUAUCCCAAGAAUACAGCACAUUGACCCAGCCACCAGGUCACCGCGCUCCCACACGUGGAGGAAUUGCAAAAAGUUAGGAUAGAUUUCUUUUUCAAUGAGACGGAGGUUUGAAGUAUGUUAAUAUUUGUUGGUUAAGAAUAUAUGAAAGUCAUAUAUUUGAACUGCGGAUAAAGACGUGAAUGAAAGUGAUCCUCGCAGUAAUGUGCACUACUUAGGCAGCUCCCAGUUGGCUUGUUAGCUCAGUUGGUAGAGCGCUGCACCGGUAUCGCAGAGGUCAUGGGUUCAAAUCCCGUACAGGCCUGAAUUUUUUUCAGGCCUCAUUUUCACUACUGCCUAAGUAGUGCACAUUACUGCGAAGAUCACUUUCAUUCACGUCAAUAUUUGUUGUUGCAUAGUAUUUUUCAAGCGUCCUUUACAGAACUUUCAUUGCCAAACCUCUGAUUGCAUAUCACUUUUUUUUGUUAUAUGUCUAAUUUAAUAUUAAUUUUUUCUUAGGACAAACUGAAAAUUUCCCCGAAACAAGGUAUAGUGAACAGUUUUGUGAAAAAUCACUAAAUGAUAGUAAAAAUGACGAAACAAUUCAAAUGCUAUACCCAGUGAAGUGAGGUAUAUUCAGAAGAAUUUUUAGUUCAUUCUCCAGUCACCAACUACGUCCGUUGCCAUUAAAUAAUGAAACAGGAUUGUCUAACCCUCUUGAUGUAGGAAGUGAGCGCUUUACUUCGACAUAAGGACGAUUUUACACAGAACAAUGACAGCAGAGGCGCUAGAAAGAAACAAAACAGUUAUUCGCGACUCGAUUUUUACAUGAUGGCGAAAAUAAUCUCGGCCAGAGUUUUGUGUUACCUUCCGUAGCCAAAGACUGAGAUGAAUGACACAGAACGAAGCCUUGAUAAUUCUCAUUGUCAUGAAGAAAAUUACUCCACUCGCUGGUUAUAAAACUAUCGUCGUCUCCAUAUAUUUUUAUGCUGUUUUUGCACCGUCCAACUUUCAUUUUCAUGCUUUGCUUUCCAGGAGCAUGGGAUAUGAGGGGGAAGCAGCUAUUUCACGGCAUUGAGAUAAAAGUCUGGGCCAUCGCUUGCUUUGUCGACCCACGGGAAGUCAACGACAGAGUAUUGAAGAGCUUCGCCCAUCAGCUGAUGAAGAUUAGUGGCGAGACUGGGAUGCCAAUCAAAUCUGAACCAUGCUUCUGUAAAUACGCUAAAAGAGCGGAGGAUGUGAGUAGCUCAACUUCAAAAUUCUCCUUAACAUCGUGAUAGGUUUACUUACGUUUGACUUAUGUAGUUAAGUUAAAAAAUCAUUUAUUGAGCAGUUCUCUGUGUAUCGUUUCAAAAUAAAUUUCAUUACUCUCAGGUAAAAACACACUCGAGGUGUUCCAAUUGUCUUCAUCUGUCUUCGAAACCGAGGAGACCUCUAGGAAAGGAAACUAUUUUCAAAUGCAAACUACCAGGAAUGAAAAUUUCCCAUCUCCUACAUGCAAAACAACUGGGAAAGACAUUUGCAUAGAAACUUGUAUAGAUAAACACGACCCUCAUUCUUCGUUUUACAAAACUAUAUUCUAGUUUUCACCUUACGUGAAUUAUGUGUGAAGUGCAAGAGAUGGAAGAGAUUUGCCGUUUUGUUUUUUCUUGUCAGGUUGAGCCCAUGUUUAAACAUUUGAAAUCUACCUUUGCCAAUCUUCAGCUCAUUAUUCUUGUGUUGCCUGGGAAAACGCCCGUAUAUGGUGAGUUAAAGAAAAAAAGGAAGGAGAGGCGACAAAUUCACAGUGCGAGUAUCUUUCAAUACUGUCUGAAUGGCCGGCUGACAGACUGACCGGCUUACUGACUGUCUGACUAACUGACAGACUGACUGACUCACUGACUCACUGAUUGAAUGUUUUGACUUUGAUCCUUUAUAGAUUGUAUAUUCUCAAUGUUGUAUUGUUCACAUUUCUCUUAUAGCUGAAGUCAAACGAGUCGGUGAUACAAUGCUGGGAAUCGCUACUCAGUGUGUGCAAGCUAAGAACGUCACCAAGUUCCAGGCCCAAACACUGUCAAAUCUGUGCCUAAAGAUAAAUGCCAAGCUCGGAGGAAUAAACAAUAUUUUGGCCCCAGAUGUUCGGUAAGAUUGAUGUACUUAGUGGUACUUACAGGGGCAGGGAAGGGGGGAGGGAUGGGGAUAUGCCAGGCUUGGAACGGGUGGGAGAAGUUUGGGUUAUUGAGAGAAAUCUGCGAGAAAACGAUUUUUUUGCACGUCUGUUAUUCUUUACUAGUUCAUGUAUGCAUAUGCUCGGCAAAUUACGUCCAGUUAUCUUGGAAUUUUCCUAUUCUUUUGUCGUGUCACGAUUAGAUUUACCAGAUCCCUCAGACGGCUCUGUAAUAUUCUUAUAUUUCCUCACUCGUUGGAUGUCAAUUUUCUAUAGUCCCUCGUUUAUACUUUGUUGAUGACGACUGAUCCCCCACUCCGUUCCCCCUCAAAAUCCUCGUACCCUCCCUUUCCCUUGGGUGAUAAAUUACGACUGGUUCUUAAAAAUUUGAAUCCAUGUUUACAGACUUCCUGUGUUUCGUGAACCUGUGAUAUUUCUUGGAGCUGAUGUAACUCACCCUGCAGCUGGGGAUGAAAAACGACCAUCAAUUGCUGCUGUAAGUUGAGCGUUGUUUUAUUCGGUAUCUCUCCUGUUCUUUUUGUUUCGUAGUUUUUGUUGUUCUUGUUAUUUUUACGUGUCCUUUUUUCCCUCCAAUAUUGUCACAGUGAAGCCCGUGGAAUUUGUUGCAAGAACUUUCCCCAUUUGUAUAAAUGCACUCAGCGAUAUGAAUUUACUUUGACUUGAAAACCAAUAAAUUAUAAAUGAAAAACCUAAAGAUAACUUUUUGUGUUUGUCGGCAGUAUGGAUGCUCAUCCCAGCCGGUACUGUGCUUCAGUUCGAGUUCAGACACAUCGACAGGUACGAUAGUCGCGCGAGAAUGCAGUCGAAGUCGCACUCCAUGAGCUUUUGAAGAAAACAUUUUGUUAUUCCUACCCUCACGUGAUCUUAGACUCCGCUCAAUUAUUUAUUUUACAGGAAAUCAUUGCCGAAUUAGCGGCCAUGGUCCGCGAGCUAUUGAUUCAGUUUUACCGUUCGACGAGACAAAAGCCAGUCAGGAUCAUUUUCUACCGUGAUGGAGUCAGAGAAGGCCAGUUUAGACAGGUGAGGUAGUGAUUGUAGUUACAGGGGUUCAUGGGUGAAUAUUAUUUGCUGCCUAUUCCUGCCGAAUAUUUUUCCGUUUUAAGUUGUUUAAACUGAAGAGUAUUGCUGCUCCUUUUUUAUUCUAGAUAAGAUAGUAAUACUUUGAAACUUGUGUCAAAAACAUUUCAUACAAUAACACAUGCAGAAAGACCAGUCAGUGUUCAAUUGUGUACGAAGUUCUUCGCGAACUUUUAGAACUAAAACUGUUAUGACGCUAAAUUUGUCAGUAGGUGUUGUGUCACGAACUAAAAGCCAUCCGUGAGGCUUGUAUCGAGCUUGAAGUUGGGUACCAGCCGGGCAUCACUUUCAUUGUUGUGCAGAAAAGACAUCACACCAGAUUUUUCUGUCAGGAUAAAGAGAACAUGGUAUGGCUUAUGAAACUGGCUCGCCAUGUUUUACCUCUUUUUCAAUAUCUUACAGUAAAUUUUAGACGAAAAUGUCUCGAGAGCGUAUUUAUCUUCUUAGGUACAAAAAUAUAAUUUUGGGGAGGAAAGUAGUGGAAAACACAACGUUUUCCUGGAGGUUUAGUUAGAACACUAGCGCUAGUUUCCCCCGCCUGCAGGCCUUGACUCAUCAAUUUGCUGUAAACAAACCACUCGUGUGGCUAUGCGAGCGGGAAUGCGCAAAUUUUUAUUUCGCUCAACUCAAGAGAAAGGGAGGAAAGUGUUUCUUAAUCCCUUUCAGCCUAAUACCAGUCUUCAUAUUCUCCGUUCUGCUCUCUUUACAUUUCCUAAGGUAAUGAAAAGGGGAAUUUUUCCAAAAAUUAAGAGCUUCUUCAGCUAAUGAUCAAUUCCCUUAUUCUCUUCAGGGAUGAUAUUGUAAGGAGAAAUUAGAUGCUUGCCACUCUUUGGGGUCAAAGUGUUGAAAGGGAAAAAACGGAUCAUCAAUGCGUCCUUACUCCUAUUGCUGAAUUUGGCGGAUUCCGCUUCAUUUAGGUUUUCACACAUUUAAUUUGUUUGUUGUGGUUGGUUUUAGUGUGGAAUUAGUCAAAACGUUCCCCCCGGAACCACAGUUGAUGUUGGUAUAACUCACCCCACUGAGUUUGACUUUUAUCUCUGCAGUCACGCUGGAAUUCAGGUAAGGCUUUGUCACUCUCUAAUUCUCAGGGCUGAGUAACAUAAAACCUCUCCCCAGAUUUUUGUUAAACAUAAAGGAAACAGUUGGUGAGAAUACUUACACAUUGUAUCAGUUGGUCCUGAUGUGAACUUGAUGGAACACUAGAUUCUCUUGGCAAAUUUACAAUGGAGUUUGAAUCAGCUGGUAGGGAGAAUCAACAAUCACAUCUUGGGAAUUUACUACGUACCUAGAUGCCUCGCGGAAAUCGAGGAUUUAUUGGUGUCUGGGAGGACCUAAUUAUUUUAAAAUGGGAUCAGAAGAAGAAUUUAAAUUCCGAUCGUUCUUCGAGAGUUUUCUGACCUCUCUUCCCUUUAGCGGGGGGAUUUCUAAGCUCCUUAGCACGCCCAACUCAUGCCAUUUGUAUUUCGUGGCCUUUCUUAUCAAAAGCAAAAGUCUAGAUACAACACUGGGUUACGCAGCUGCCCAACUUAAUGCUGCUUUCCGUUGCAUGAAGUGAUCCGUAGUGUCACCAUCCCCUGGCUUGUUUGGUUGUGUUUAGAACAAAGACAAGACGCUAAUGAACCCGCCCAUUCCUCUUGCAGGGCACCAGCCGACCUUCGCAUUAUCACGUCCUGUGGGACGACAAUAAUUUCAAAGCAGACGAGAUCCAGGCCCUCACAUAUCAGUUGUGUCAUACUUACGUCAGGUGCACACGAGCAGUAUCUAUACCAGCCCCCGCGUAUUAUGCGCAUUUGGUGGCAUUCAGAGCGCGAUUUCAUUUGAUAGAAAGAGAACGGGAAAGGUGAGAUAUUGUGCACGGUAGACGAGGAGUGUCCCCAGUCAUGAAAGAUGGUGAAAUUCCACAUAACCUAAUAAACUUUACUGGCCAAGGCAUAAAUAUGAAUGAUGAUUGGAAAUUUGGGAAUUUUUUUUAACCAUAAAAGUGAGAUCAGAAAAUAUUACCACAUUCCCGGGCAGGGAAAUUGAACCUGGUGGAAUUUGACUCAUUGACUUCCGGAUAAGAGCUGCAGAAGCUUUGCGAGCAAAAAGUUUUAGUUCCUGGAGAGACCCAUGAAAUCUGAAAUCGUAGGGCAGGGGAUACAGGGGGAGUUAUCUACGGUUUAGGGGAUAGGCGGAGGAGGGGGGACGAGGCCCAAGGGACGGGUAAAUUAAGGGCUUGAUUGUUGAAGGAUGAUUGAGGUCCUUUUGGUAGAGGGGGUUUGAAAUCCAAGGGGUAGGGAUAUUUGAGAGCCGAGGGGUAAAGGGCUCCAAGCUUAGCUAGCUGGAGGAAGGUGAGUUUAAAUUCUAAUUCUUUCUGUUACACCUGAUAUUAGUGAAACUAUUUUUGCAAUUUUUUCCAUUCAGCCCUGAGAAUGGUUCGUCUUGCAGCGGUGGUCAUGGAGAGGACAGAAGCCCGCAGAUUUUGGCAAAAGCUGUCCAAGUUCACCCUGAGAUGUUAAAAGGAAUGUACUUCGCUUGAAGACACUUUGUAAAGAGUAACGUAAUUAGUUACCGACUAAUGUAAUACUUAUAAGAAAACACAGGAUAUUUAUCUUUUGUCUUACAAAAGUCAACCAUUUCUUAAGAGAUACUUUCAGCACGAGGAGAUAAAAUUCGUAUCCCCAAGCGGCCAUGUAAUGUUCUGUUUAUUUUAUAGAUGCUGAUGAAAUUCCUACGUAAUUUCAAAAGAACCGGCCGCGUGCCUGAACGGGAAACUCUCUUGUAAUUGGCUAAUCAUGUUAGUAACCAUGGCGACAUCAAUAUCCUCGCACGUGAAAAAUAAAAAUAGUAUCUUCACUGCGCGCGAUGAAGAUAUGAUUUUUUAGUAAAAGGAAAAAUCCUGGUAUUUCAUCAGUAUCUAUGUAAUAAACACCUUUAUCACGCAGCGCCAUCUUGGAUUGCGUGGCGCACCGAAUCGAGGCUGGACGUGCAUAAGAUAUAGGCGUGAGUUACGUUACAGUGUUUUUAGUUAAGUUUACAAGCAAGCAUGGCCCACGAUCUUAAACGAAAUCCAAAAAAACACACGAAAUAUCGCCGUCGAUUUCACAAAGUAAUACCGAAGAAACCUCGAUGCCAUUUCCGAUCUCACAUAAGUUUCUCCUGUUAUGCUACACUGAGGCCGUCAAAACCGUUCAGAAAACGUCACCAAUGUAACUUUUUCAUGACGAAGAUCGCUGAUCGAGUUCUUAAGCGUUCACAAAACAGAAAACAGUGCCUUAGAUUCGAUUUAUUCUGUGCCCACUCUGAUUGCGUUGCAUCGUGAUAGCGUUAUUUUCAAUAUGGAGAUGAAAAUGGUAGAAAUCGGCAGAUUUUGACCGAACAUUCCGUAAAAGCUGAUCGAACAUUCGAAACAUGAAACCAUACACCUUUAUGCAGCGCGACUAAAGACAGGAAUGGCUCCGACCUGUAAUUGGACGAUAAAAAUACUAACUGUUAAUAGAUUAUGUCUUAACUACUUGCUCGUGAGUAUUGUUUGUAAAUCGUUUGAUAAAAUCUGAAAUAAAGUAGAUCUCAAGGAUUAAAUGACAGAGUCAGGAAACUAAAAAAUAAAAACAUAUUAAACUAUAAAAGGAUUCAAACUCUUUUGGUUUCCGAGAAAAAAAUUGCUCUAAGACCUUUGUAAAGCUUAGUACUGAUGUCAUUUGUCGUAUAGUGAUAGGUAAACUGUUUCAUAGUUGACAUGUGGUAACAUUGAAAGUUUUACCGCCAUCUAAUUUACGUUUAAAGUUAUAGUUUGCAUAUCUAGUGUUGCGAGAGUGAAGAUCACUAAUACGUAUUAAAAGGCGAGUAAUAUAUGCAGGCAUUUCUCCUCAUGGUCUCUCAAAUACAAUUAGAUAUAUGGAAAUUUUAGCCUCUUCGUAUAAAGAUAACCAACUUAAAUCAUCAAAUAAUCUGACAGAAGAAGCCUUAGAGCUAGCAUCCAUAAUAAAUCUAGCUACAUGACUUUCUUGUCUUAGUUUUCAUCGGCGCUGAUCAAAAAUUCAAGACAUAAAAAAGUGCAAACCCACGCUAUUCUUUAAUUUUUUAUCUCUGACUUCAAUUCACAGAACAUUUCUUAAUCAUGGUAAACACGAGAUUGACAACAAAUAACACUGAAUAAUACAGUAGGUAAGCUUUGUGGUAUUUCAUUUUGAUAAACUUCAACAUGAAGCAAGUUUAAUAUACUGAUGAAUUGAUUCACAAUAAAACUAACAGCAUCCCAUUCGUAGAUUUUUCAUAUAGUGUUAAAGAAAUGUAUCAAAGAAAAGCCCUUACGUCGUUUAAAGCCUUGCUCAAUAAAGCGAACUGAACCCCGAAUUCUUGGAUCGCUUCUAACGAUCGUGUUUCCUUUCGGAAAUCCAGAAUAAAUGUAGCGGUAAAUUUUCACAAAUACGUGGAAUGAAACAAAGAAACGGGCCUGGUUAUCCUGGAAAUGAGUUCUGAAAUCAUUACAAACAGCAUUAUCUCGUUUAUAAGUGCAUCAUUUACGCAAAUCGCCCGAAAUUACGUCCUGAACUUGUUGGGGAGAAUAGCAACCCUUACACCGGAAGUCGAAAUAGAGUCGUGUCCAGAUUAUCCACGCGCUUUCCCGUUCUGAAAUGACGUUCCCAUCCUCUUGCUAAAUCACUCAAUUUGCAGAAACGAAAAUCCUCAACGAGAAAACUAAUUGGAAAGUUCGAUUUUUGAAGGUUUUCACACUCAGUUAGAUUGCAAGCUUACUUACGGUAUUAAAAAUCAAACACAGCUAACACUCGUGUAGCAUUUAUAGUUUCGUGUUCAAAAAUAAAACACAACAAAACAGGAAUGAUGAAAAAUAUAGCCAAACUGGCAUAACAGUGGAAAUUCAUAGUAAUCAUGACGGUGUCAGAGCGACGGCGAUCUUGCUGAGGUCCUACGCGGCUAGCUCAUCAUGGCUUUAUUAUAAAACAAACAGAGAAGCCUUGACUGUGCUCUGUUCUCUUGUAAAGCACUUAGGAAGCGGCUAAGUGGAGAGAAAUACUCGAAUACGUUUCGUGUUUCUCCCUACUCUUCUUUCGUGCUCUAACCGUUUCCCGUGUGCUUUACAACAGAACAGAACAGAACACAACCAAGGCUUCUCUAUUUGUUAAAUGGAAUUUUCAUUAUAUGGUUCCAGGGUGCUAAAGUUUGGAAUGAUAUAAGUGGUGACAUAAAGUUUCUCUCUCUCGAAUGUUUUAAUACGAAGUUUAAGUCAAUUCUUAUUGCUAAAUAUCAAUUGUAGAUAUGCCAAGAGUAUAUUUUUUGUGGCUUUCCAUUGUUAAAUACUGACAUAGUUAGCUUUCAUUUGUUUUCUUUCCUGUGGUCACACAACUUUUUAAAAAUAUACUCACCUGUAGAGAGUCGUCCACUAAAAAAGCAACUCAGUAGUUAGGCAUAUUAAAAGUAUAUUUUUGUAGAGGUAAAUGAAUCGUACGUCAUAUAUUAGUCAGCAUAUGCAUUUUAUUAGCUUAAUCAGUUCAUGAAAAUGGAAGUAGCUGUAAGAAAAUGUACAAAAACAAAAUCAAACGAAUUAAAAGAAGUGUGCAAA